GCCACGACGCGUCCCUCCACCAUCAAUCCACCUGUUUUCUUAGCACACCUACCAACAAACGUCCUCACAAUGAAAGUUUUGAUUUCUGUUUAGUUUUUGUGUUUCUCGAUGUUGUUUAUGUUGCUGUGUGUUGGCGUGCUUCUUUAUUUUCUUUUUUCGAGUUCGAGCCGACCGAAGUACGAUACUUCUUAUCACCAUCACCAUUCGUUGACGCGUUCCAUUCUUGCCUCGUCACAUUUUUCUUUCGCAUCGACGAGGGGCAGCGGCAGGGGCGGACGAGAAGGGCUUCUGGAAGGAGGGAUCCUGCACGUAGCAACUCUUCCUAAAUUUUAAUCGGCAGGCAAGCAAGAUGCAGCACAACACCGGGUCGCCGCAGCAGUUCUGCCUCCGCUGGAACAACUACCAGUCGAACCUCACCAGCGUCUUCGACCAGCUGCUGCAGAGCGAGAGCUUCGUCGACGUGACGCUAGCCUGCGACGGGCACUCGGUGAAGGCGCACAAGAUGGUGCUGAGCGCCUGCAGCCCCUACUUCCAGUCGCUCUUCUUCGAGAACCCCUGCCAACACCCCAUCGUCAUCAUGCGCGACAUCAAGUGGCCCGAGCUGAAGGCCGCCGUGGAGUUCAUGUACAAGGGCGAGAUCAACGUGUCGCAGGAGCAGAUCGGGCCGCUGCUCAAGGUGGCCGAGAGCCUCAAGAUCCGCGGCCUGGCCGACGUCAACGGCGACCAGGAGAUCGGCGGCGAAAUCACGGCGCGCUCGCUGCCGAAGGUGGCCACGCCGGCCGCCGACUGGGAGGGCCGGCCGGAGGAGGGCGCGCCGAGGAAGAAGCGCCGCCGGCCCUCGGGGGAGCGAAGCAGCCUGAGCAGCCCGGCGGAGAGCGCGGGCACGGAGGCGCCGGACCCGCCGCCCUCGGUGGAGAUGUCGCCGGCGCCGCCCGCCACGCCGCUGGCGGCGGCCGUCUCGACGGAACCGCUGCCCCUCACGCUGCCGCUGCAGCAGCAGCCGCAGGUCACGCACCAGGGGGGCUCGGACGACAUGGAGAUCAAGCCGGGCAUCGCCGAGAUGAUACGCGAGGAGGAACGGAUCGUUUUGGACGGAAACCAUACUGACAAGCAGAAAAUUGAAAGCAUCUACAAGGCCAAGUUGCUGGAGUCUUCCCAUGCUUGGCUCGGAGCCUCCACGUCUUCUAUAGCCGCAGACAGCUACCAGUACCAGUUGCAAUCCAUGUGGCAAAAAUGUUGGAAUACGAAUCAAAGUCUUGUACACAAUCUGCGCUUCCGUGAAAGAGGGCCAUUGAAGUCUUGGCGACCCGAGACCAUGGCCGAGGCAAUUUUCUCGGUGCUGAAGGAAGGGUUGUCCUUGUCGCAGGCCGCCAGGAAAUACGAUAUACCUUAUCCUACGUUCGUUCUGUACGCAAAUCGAGUGCACAAUAUGUUGGGACCUUCGGCGGAUGGCGGAUCAGGUAACGGUCGCUUAGAUUUACGGCCGAAAGGAAGAGGAAGGCCUCAGAGGAUUCUGCUAGGAGUGUGGCCGGACGAGCAUAUACGAGGCGUUAUAAGAGCAGUAGUGUUUAGAGACUCGCAUCAAAUCAAAGAAGAACCUCAUAUUGGCUACCCGCGAUUACACGACGGCGUCAGCAUACACAGCUACCCCAACAACUCCUGCAGCAACGGGUCCGACCCGAACGUGUCCCCCGGCGCCGCGGCCGCCGCCGCCGUGGCGGCCGUCGCGCAGGGCCUCCGCCAACAGAUGUGCAGCAUGGUGGCGGCGGCGCAGCACCAGAGCUCCGGCCACGACACCAACCCCGUCGCCAGCCUCGUCAACUCUCUCGCGCUCGCCGGCCACUGCGGCAGCGUCACCUCCAUGGCCAGCAACGGCGCCACCGCCCCCGUCACCAUGCCCCACGUCAGCUCCAUGCGCAGCAUGAGCAGCCCCGCCGGCAGCAUCCAGGACCUGCGGAUCAGCCCCGCCGAGUCGGCGCUCGAGAGCCCCAUCUCGUCGCCGCUCGGCCUCACCGUCUCCAGCUCCAUGGAGCCGGCCAUCAGCAUGGACGUGGGCAUGGGCAUGGCGUACAAGCCGCCGCGGGGCUUCGCCUCCCCGCGCCCCGAGAAUCUCUUCCAGGAGGACAUCGACGAGCUGGUCAAGCCCAUGCACGCCGCCACACCCAGGCCCAAGGACUCGAUGGCCACCAUCAAGAUGGAGCCGAUGGCGGAGUGCCGCGGCGAAUGAGACGAGACGGUGUUACAAUGUAAUGUGAUAAAUUAUUAUUAGUUGACGGUAGGCGGGGGGAGCCCCGGCAGGCUUUUUUUAUGUGGAUUGCGAGCAGUUGUUUUUUCGAGUUUUAGUGUGUAGAAUGUUUCGGACGAUUUUAUAAAAUUUAUCUAGAAGCCAAAGUUUCGGCCAGUUCCAUAAAAGACUGUUGUGUAUAUGUAUACUAUUGUUCGAAAUUCAAAAUUAGAGUGGAUAUUUUCGCUAGGUAAAUCACAUUCGUUGCAGGGAAAAUUUAUCAACAUUCCCAAUUCGCUUUACGACAAUCUGUUCUCGCCGGUUGGAUUGGACGGACUUAGGAUAUAUGAACGUCCAAUGCGCGAGGUUCCAUUUUGACGUUAUGAGAUAUACUGUUUAACGCGGAAAACGCGACGCGCAGGAGCGAGAGCGGUGGGAGCCGCAGGUUUCAAGGACACCGGAUCUACAUACCCAUAUUCGACCUUGUCAGAGAUAUAUUUCCAGAUAACAUUCUCAAAAAUACUACAAUUGGCCAAGUUUACGAUGAUAUCACGAAUCUCAAACACCAUGACCAUGAGAGAUAAUCUAGAGUGCGCUUGUACCAAAAGUUGAGGUUAGGUUAUGUCACAUUUUCCCAUAAAACCACGAUUUUCUCAAUCAGUUCAUUGAAGAUUUUUUUUAUUUGGUUUGCAGUUUGAGUUGGUCAAACCUAGUUCACAAAUUUGUCAAAAUGUCAAAAAACUAGGAAACAUUCAAGUUUCAUUUCACACCUAAAUUACAUUCAGUUCAGAUGAAAAUUUAGCCUCAGUUUUAAAUAAUAGUUCACGGUUUAGAAUUAAAUUUAGUUCCAGUUGAAGCUAGUUUAGAGCUUAUAGUAAAUCUCAGUUGCAUUUUCAAAGUGCUGCCAAAGUUUCAAUUCAAAGCUUAUAGCUGUAUCUAGUUUCAAACUCAGUUUUAGUUAGAGUUUAACUUCCACUUUGCACUAUAGUCAUUUACAGGUUCAACUUCACCAGCUUCAGUUUCAGGUUCAUUUUCAAUCUCUAUUCAGUUUGAAGUCCAGAACGAAAUUCAGUAAUUGUUCAGAAUCAGCUCAUAGUUUCAGUUUACAAUAAAAUUCUGAUUCAGUUUCACUUUUAGAUUAAAACUCAGUUUUUUCUCGUUGAAUUUCAGCUUCAAUUUAAUUUUGUAGUUUGGAGCUUAACAUUGCAGUAAUUUUUAGGUUCAAUUUUGGAACACAGUUCAGUGUUUUAGUUUCAGCUUUAAGCUCAGUUUCAGUUUCACAUUCUAUUUCCGGUUAGUUCGUUUGAGGUUUAAUUGCAAAGUCUAUUUUAGUUUCAAAUUUCAGAUUUAGGCUCAGUUUUAGUUUCAAGUUCAACUCAAUGUUAAUUUAGUUCAUUUUAGGGUUUACAGUCAAAUUUAACUUCUACCGCUGGAUUUAGAAGCUUCAAUUUAGGGUCUAGGCUCAAAUUCAGUGGCGAAUUUAGCUUCAAUCUACAGUUUCCGGUUUUUUUUUCUCGUCGAGUUUUAGACUCAGUUUCAUUUUACAGCUCUGAUUCACAUUCAGUUUCAGUUUGAAGCUGAAAUUCAGUUGUUGUUUAGAGUCAAACUCAGUUUCACUUUUAGUUUCAGGCAUGUUCUAUUGCAGCUUCAGGCUCUUAGUCUCAGUUUACAAUUAUAUUCUGAUUCAGUUUCAAAUUUAGAUUAAAACUCAAUUUUUUCUCCUUCAACUUCAGCUUCAGUUUCAUUUUAAGACUGAAAUUCACAUACAGUUUCAGCUUCAAUUUAAUUUUGUUAUUUGCAGCGUGCGUUGCAGUGAUUUUUAAGUUCAUUUUUAGAAUACAGUUCAGUAUUUUGGUCUCAGCUUUAAGCUCAGUUUCAGUUUCACGAAGAACGAAAUCUCAUUUAAGGUUCAGAUUCAGGCUCAGUUUUAGUUUAAAGUUAAACUCAAUGUUAAUUUAGUUCAUUUUAGGGUUUAGAGCCAAAUUUAACUUUCAGCGCUGGAUUUAGUUUCAAGAUGAGUUCUAGCUUCAAUUUGGGGUCAAAGCUCAAAUUCAAUCGCGAUUUUAGUUUCGGUUUACAGUUUCCGUGUUUUUUUCUCGUUCAGUUUUAGACUCAGUUUCAUUUUACAGUUCUGAUUCACAUUCAGUUUCAUUUUAAAUUUUUGAUUUUUUAUUGUUUCAGGUUCACUUUCAAGCUCUGUUUCAGUUCGAAGCUGAGAAAAGAAAUUCAGUUAUUGUUCAGCGUCAAAGUCAGUUUCAGUUUUAGCUGCAGACUUCUUCUAUUGUAAUUUCAAACUGGUAGUUUAAGUUUACAGUUAUAUUGUGAUUCAGUUUCAGGUUUAGAUUCAAACUCAGUUUUUUCUCGUGCAGUUUCAGCUUCAAUUUAAUUUUGUAGUUUGCAGCUUGGCGUUGCAGUAAUUUUAGGUUCAAUUUUAGAACACAAUUCGGUGUUUCAGUUUCAGCUUUAAGCUCAGUUGCAGUUUCACAUUCUAUUUCUGUUUAGUUCGUAUGAGGUCCACAUGCUCGGUUUUAGUUUCAAGUUCAAGUCAAUUUUAAUAUAGUUCAUUUUAGGGUUUAGAGUCAAAUUUAGCUUCCAGCGCUGGAUUUAGUUUCAAGAAGAGUUGUAGCUUCGAUUUUGAGUCUAGGCUCAAAUUCAGUGACGAUUUUAGUUUCAGUCUACAAUUGUAUUCUAACCUAGUUUCAGAUUUAAAUUCAGUUUCCGUUUUUUUCUCAUUCAGUUUUAGACUCAGUUUCAUUUUACAGCUGUGAUUCACAUUCAGUUUCAUUUUGAAUUUUUGUUUUAUUAUUGCUUCAGGUUCACUUUCAAACUCUGUUUCAGUUUGAAGCUGAGAAACGAAAUUCAGUUAUUGUUCAGAGUCAAAGCCAGUUUCAGUUUUAGGUUCAGCCAUGUUCUAUUGUAAUUUCAGGCUCUUAGUUUAAGUUUACAGUUAGAUUCAGUUUCAGAUUUCGAUUCAAACUCAGUUUUUUUCAGUUUAAUUUUAGAUUAGUUCAUUUGACGGUCGAAAUCCACAUUGUGUUUCAGGUUCAGUUUAAUUUUGUAAUUUAUAGCUGGGUGUUACAGUCAUUUUUAGUUUUAAUUUUAGAACACAAUUCAGUAUUCCAGCUUAGAACUCAGUUAUAGUUUCAAGUUGCAAGCUUGUUUUAGUUUGAAAUUUAGAAUGAAAUUCAGUUUCAGUUCAAAUUUGGAGCUCAAUUUUAGUUUCAGGUUUUAAACUGUUGCAGGUUAAGCUUUCCUUGCAGAUUAUUAAGAAUUCCAGUUUCAAGUUCAAAUUAUGGUUCAGGCUCAGUUCAAGAUUAAGAAUCAAAUUUAGUUCCACUUGAAGCUAGUUCAACGUUACAAGUUUAGUUUCAAAUUCACUUUCAAGGUGCAACCAAAGUUUCAAUUUAUAGUUUAUAACUGUAUCUAGUUUCAGAUUUAGUUUUAAACUCAGUUUCAUUUUUUGGUUUGUAUUCACAUCCAAUUCAUUAUAAACUCGAACCCAGUUUAAGCGAGAGUCUAAUUUCCGAUUUGUAGCUUUGCCAUUUUUAGGUUCAAUUUCACUUUUAAGCUCUGUUUCAGUUUGAAGUUUAGAACGAAAUUCAGAGUUGAAUUCAAUUUUAGUUUCAGGCAUAUUUUAUUGUAGGUUCAGUUUUGUCUAGUUGAAUUUCAGACUCAGUUUCAUUUUAAGACCGAAAUUCACGUUCAGUUUCAGCUGCAGUUUAAUUUUGACGUUACAGUCACUUUUGGGUUCAUUUUAGAUCACCGUUCAGUGUUUCAGUUUCAGCUUUGAGCGCAGUUAUAGUUUCACGUUCUUGAUCUGUUUUAAUUUGAAAUUGAGAUCGAAAGUCAGUUAUAGUUCAAAUUUGGGACUUCGUUUUAGUUUCACGUUGAGUUUUAAGCAGUUCCAGUUUGAACUUUCCUUCCAGAUUAUUACAUUCAGGCUCAGUUUUAGUUUCAAUUAAAGUUUCAAGUUUUAACUUCCAGCGCCGGAUUUAGUUUUAAGUCUAAGCUAAAAAUUUUAAAUCGAAAUUUGUUGACAUCAACAAAGUGUUUUUUUGUGGGUGUAGUCGUGGUUUUUGGUACAUAAAGGUUAGAAUUGCACAGAUUUUGCGAAUCAAUCAAUGAAUCCGAAUUUUAAAGUAAUCAAAAUACUCAAAGUCUGGUAGAUGUGUUUUGAACUUGGCCAUUGUUACAUUUAUUUGAGUGAUUUAAAAAAAAUUAAGGUCGAAAAAAAAAUGUGAUCGGGUUGUCCUUCGUCACGACCCCACUUUAGUCCUAGUAUGAAUUAAAAAACGACUAACAUUGUGGUUCGUUGUAAAACCUCGUGGUGCUCGCUGCGCUCGCCCCGUGUUCGCUUUUCCAGUCCACCAGAACUAAAACCGUGCUUUCUUGACACUGACAUUGCUGUAUCGGGGCCCAAACAGUUGAAAAUGCUAUGCAAUAAUGAUAUUCUAAAGAGAUCUUUAUCCAGGCACCUGUACACGUAUACAAAUUUAAAUUAAAAUUGUUUUCCCAGUCCGCCUUAUUAAAAUGUUUAUUUUUAUUUAUGUCUGAUAGCCUCCAUUGUGCUCAUUAAGUGAAUAAUUGCGUACAAUUAUAAAAAUUACGUCACGUUUCUAUAAACGUAACUGUUUUUCUUUUACGACAUAGUCAGUGUCGCUGUAAUAAACGCGAAGCACACAAUUAGGGCGGCGUAAUCUGCAUUUCUGAGAAGCUAAAUUGUUUGUUAUUUAUAUACAUUUUUGUUUGAGUAGUUGGUACGCUGGCGAAACAAUGACGACGUUAUGAAAAUAGAGUUUUAUCGCGGUCGUGCGGAAGAAGUUAUUGAUUUACCUAUUAAAACACCUAGUAUACUCCACAUUUGCAUAUCUCGAACGGUUGAAUCAUAAAGAGAAAUAAACAUUUUUUAAGGAGUUGUUUAAUGUUUACUUAAAAAAUAGUUUAAAUAUAUUUUGUAAAAAGGUUAUUUAUUUAUUUUAUUAGUAAUUUAAUUUUUGUAUAUUUAGUGGUUAAGUGUGCAGAUGCUAUUUAUUUUUUCAUAUUUGCAUACCAGGCGUUGAGGGAAACGUGAGAAUGGUUUAUUUUAAUACUAACUAUGAGAAUACACCAAAGUCACUCGAUAGGUUAUUGAGCAUGUACAAAAUGACAAUGUAAUCGAUUGUACGUGUACUAUUACGACUACUAGCUCUUAUCAGCCACUGUAUUUUUUCAGUGCAAUAUUGAGGAAUUCCUGUUUUAGGUAGUUUUAGUUCGAGACAUAGGCGUUAACUUAAUAGAAACGGUCAGUUAUUAUCAGUAUUUCUUAUAAGUUGGUCUCCUCCUUAAAUUAUUUGUAUUUAUUUAGUAAAUAUGUAACUAAAACAGAUGUAUAGAUAUUAAAGAUGCUUUGUUGAUGCCUUUAGCUUCUGUAUUUCCAGACGUUAGAGGGCGCAUGCGCGCCCGGGGCGCCGCGCCCGCGCAACUCUUAAUCAAAAUUAACUCCCCCGAUGUGCAAUCGUGCGCAUGCGCGUGACGCGGGCCGGCGCACCCCCGGGCGCCCCGCGCCCCCCUGUGCAUUUCCACUUGGUGAGAAGCUAUGAUUUACUGACUUGUAGCAAUGCCAAAUGUAUUAUAUGUUACAACGUAGCAUCAAUAGUGAAUGUAGGUGUUGUGUAUGUACAAAGUGUAGUGCAACUCGAACAGACGAACUCCAGUGCUGCCACACGAUUAUUUGCGACUCAGUUCACCAGAUAGCACAUGUUGAUUAAUUGAAACAAACAUUUAUACUUUCAGAGAUAGUCUUAGGAGUCACGGAGCCAACAAAAAAUUAUUUUUGUGAUUUGUUUAGAGUGUAGGAUAUGAAAUAAUGUACAAAAUUUAUAUAAAAAACUUGUAAAUGUAGAAAGAUUAUUACGAUUUAAAAGAAAUUAUAAAUGCCUUCCUGCCAUUUAUGGGUCUACCACGCUCGUUUAACUUUAUGCGUCUCGUGAAGUGAUAUUUUUCGAAAAGUGGCCUUUAAACUGUGUUUGUUUCGAAAUUGCGCAAACCUUUGGAACUAAUUCUCCCGAUCUUUUGUUGGUGUAGUAGUUGUUGCGUUCUCGACUAGGCUUAAUGUGUUCAAAAAUGAAGUAGUAAGUGCCUUCCAAACUAUGACCACUUAUGUCAUCCGAGAUACUAAAUUUUUGACAAAAUUACGCGUUUUGAUGUGUUUCGGUAUGGUAUCACCCUGAAUGGCAUGUUCUUUUUCAUAUCUCUGUAAAUUACAUUUAUAUACCUAACUUUAUUAUAUAUAUAAGCAAAAGUGAUGUGAGAUUGGCAUUUUUUAGAUAUGUAUAACCACUCAAAAUUCAGGUAAAAGCUUUAUUUUAAUGUAUACUAUUAAAGAAACAUAAUAUAGUUCGAUGUUAGUGCAAAUAUAACAUAGCAUACCUAAAGUUAUAAAUAGCCUCUUUAGUCAGUAUGCAAUAAUUAUUAUCAUUCAAGUUGUGCUACUCGUAGAGACAGUCUGAACUUACAUGCAAUGGCCCGAUUGUAUGCAUCAUAAGUCAUUACCUAUAUGUGCAGUCUGUUUAUUUAUAUUUUUAUAAGACUAAGUUUCCAGUCUACAACUGUUGUUUUCUUUCAUUUAUGCACAUUAUUAUUACUAUUAUUUUAUGUCUGUAUGGUAAAUAAGAAUAAAUUGUACAAUUUUAAA